CUGUGUGAUAAAGCAAAAAUACAUAUUAAAAUGCCAGGUUGUUGCGUGGAUCUGUGCAAAAACCGCACAGAGAAAGGAGCUCGCUUAUUUCGCUUGCCAACAGGCAAAAGAAAUAGCGAAAGGCGAUUAGAAUGGUUACGAUUAAUUGAGAAAAAUACAUUACCUGAAAGAGCUGUAAUUUGUGAGGCACAUUUUGGCGAGGACCAGUUUGAGAAUAAAAGAGAAGAUGAAAGAAAACUGCUCCGUCCAUUCGCAAAACCAAAUUUAUUAGAGAAACACACAAUAGAGGCGAAAAACCAAUUAACAGAAAAGGUAUCUAGAUCUGUGGAGAUAGAAAUUUAUGACAAGCAGAACCCAAUAAAUAUAAAUUGCACUAGCUUGUGUAACGAUAGUAACAGUCAUACUAACGAGGACAACAGUAAUAACAUGACAAAUAAUAUUGGAACAAAUGUUGUGGAUGAAUCACAGAACACUCCAUUAAAUAUUUUGAAGAAAAAAUUGCGGAAAAGAAAUAUAAAUUUUGAAAAAGUGUUCAACGCAGAUCAACAAAAGUUUAUGACAAAUUAUAAUCACAGAGGAUCUUUAUGGUCUGCACAAACAAUAAAUAAAGCCUUGAAACUGUACGUAGCCUGCGGACGAAAAGGCUACGAGGAGGUGCAACGGCAGAACUUGCCAUAUCCAAGUAUCCGUACUCUACAGUAUCGCAUACAAAGUUUAAAAUUUGGGCCAGGUAUUUUAGAAGACAUAUUGCAGCUGUUAAAGAUGAAAAUAGAGACAUUUAAAUCAGAAGAAAAACAUGCAAUACUACUUAUAGAUGAA